AUGGCCGAUGGCAAGGUCGUUCCACCACGCUUUGCUCCAGCACUUUCUUCUCCAUCUUUUCAUUUUACAAUAACUCUUGAUCUCCCAACUUCCAUCAUUAUGUGCAUUAGCGUGAUGUUGUUCUUCCUCAUCCUUGCUCACAUUCUGCAUGCUUUCUUUCAAUGGCUGAAAGAGGUGAGGCCUGGAUAUGAUCUUGAAGAAGGAGAAGGAAUUCAUCGACAAGACAUGAAUGUUUCUAAUCCAAUAUCUCAUCCAGCUGCAUUUUAUCAAGCUAUAGAAGAAAACAAUGUCCGAGUGUUUGGAAUAUUAGAUAGGUUUAUGAGGGACGUAGGUGAAAGACGAGGGCAAAGACUGAGGGCCUCAAAGAAACUGCCGACUUUGGUAAAUUAUGGAAGCCAUGGUAUAAAAUCGGCCAGUUUUUGUAGUACUGAUUGUGCCAUCUGCUUGGAGGAUUUUGCAGUUGGGGACUCAUGUCAAGUUUUCCCAGUGUGCAAUCACAUUUUUCAUUCCAAUUGCAUUGACCACUGGUUGAGGAAUAAGAUAACUUGUCCUGUUUGCCGCAAUUGUGUUCUCUAG